AUGCUAAGAUUGGGACUUGCACCUAUGGGUUCGAUAAGAAAUCGUUUUUACGCGACCCUCAAAGCUCCAUUAUCGGCGAAAAUAGAUGCUUUGUUGGCCAAGUCAUCGGCUGAACAAAUAUAUACCUACAAGCCAUCACGGCUUGUAAAAACGGGAUCUUGGACUCUAGCAGGCGUAUUUGCAGUGUACGGCGUUUCUUUUGCAAACUGGUCCGUUUCGAGCUCUUUGGAGCUGUAUAAAGAAGAAAAAGUGUCGUACUCUUGGGACAAAUGGUGGAAUCACCCAACGUUACUGCUGGGUGUGCGGAUCGCAGGAUCGAUUCUGCUGUCAAUCAUCCCACUAGCGUUGUCGACUUUAUCGAUCUAUGUACCGUCCAGAAUAGCCACCAGCAUAUCCGUUCUGCCCAAAGGUGUGUGCCAGAUAAGUCGUCGAGCACUGCUAUCCGGAAAGUCCGCAUUGACUUCUGCCCCGAUUAACGCGAUUGUUCGCAAUAACAGAACCAGAGUUCACACAGGAGUCGGUCCACAGGGCACAGAAGAUAAAGCAUCUUUUGCUUUCCUACUCACAGAUACCAAGAGUCCUUGGUGGAACCGAUACUAUGUUGUGAAUCGUUCGGGCAAGUUCUGGGGUCAAGAUGGUCGCAUUUUCGAUGUUCUUUUCGGUGGUGAAAGUGUAAAGAGCCUCGAACGUAGCGUGGAUCCUGUGGUUUCAACUCCGGUGGUAGAAAAGAAUUCCAGCCAUAUAGCCAAACUGCUAGAACAGCAGUCCCGAUCGAAACUCCGCAACCCGGCUGUCAAUGCCAGAGAUAUAGUCUUGAAGAGCAGGAAUGAAUGA